CUAAGAGAAGGUUCACGUAUUACACAAUGGAUGAGUUUUUGGAGAAAGAGUAUGUGUUAGUGGAUAGUGAAAAUUUUGAGGAUUAUCUAAUUUUUUUGGGUAUAAGUUAUAUAGCGCGCAAGGCGGCGUUAUCUCUGCGUCCUCGGCAGCUGCUAACAAAAGACAAUGAGGGUAGAUACACGUUAAGCUUUAAAUCAAAGUUAGUCAACUCAACUGUGUCGUUCGUUCCAGGACAAGAGUUUGAUGAAGUUAAACCUGAUGGAGUCAAGGUGAGAGCAUCAAUAGAAUUCGAAGGGAAUAAAUUAAUUCACACACAAACGGAAGCUAACGGCAGAACCGCUCAUCACAUCCGGCAGUUUUUUGCUGAUAAAAUGACUAUGACAACCACGGCGAAUGGCUUCGAUAAAACAGCAGUCCGAUACUUUGAGUUGGUUAAAUGAUCUGAAAUUAUUUCUCAACAAUCAAUUUGAACGUCCAACAAGGGCGUGUCAAUCUAAAUUUAAGUAUACACAAUUAAAUGUGUAUAAUUUGUUUAUUACGUAAUAAAUAAAUACA